GAACGGGAGAAUACUAUGAAUUUUAUGAAAGAAUUAAUAUGAAGACAAGGAAAGGCAAUUGAGUUUAUGGGCUCAUGUUUGAAUGGGCAUGUAAUAUAAGAAUUAAUAUCAAGACAAGGAAAGGCAACUCCACUUGCCAAUUAAGACUUAAGGGCUCAUGUUUAAAUGGGCAUGUAAGACUUAGUAUCAAGACAAGGAAAGGCAGUUAACGUUGGUUUUGGUUUUAGAGGGUGAGCACAAUUAUGGCUGUUGUUGAGGAGAAGGAAAUGCCAACAACAGGUGAUGUGGAGAUUUCGGAGGUGACAAACUAUGCAAAUCAGGCUGGUGUUGAGGAUGAACAGCAAAGUAUAGUUGUUACAGAAGCUCUGGAGUUGGAGCAGCGCACAAUCAGCUGCAUGGAUCAAGCUGUUGUUGAUGUCCUUGAGGAGGAGCCGCCAAUAAUCCCUGUUGCGGAGGAGGAGCCGGAGGAGGAGGAGGAGCAGAAGGAGGUGGUGCUGGUGGAAGAUAAGGAGGAGGUGGCGGUGAAGGUGGAAGAGGAGGAUGAGAAGAAGGAUCUGAUUACAAGAGCCUCAGACGGCUCGGAGGAGUCAAGCAGUGAAGUCCUUGCCCUUGAGGCUGCGGAGGUUAAACGUAGGAAACUUGGAGAACGCAUCUUGCUUCAAGGUGUGGAUAUGUGCUACUCUUUAGCAAAUUACCAAUUCAUGGCGUUGAUCACAUUACUAACUGAUAGUGAUUACUGGUCUAUAAAUUUGUUUCAUGCGGUCAUAAUAACAAAUAUUAAUGAAGGAGCAAAACCACUGCUGGUGAUUCUCACUGCUUGGCUUGCAGACACUUAUCUUGGCGACUGCUGGACUCUUAUAAUCUCAGCUUUUUCAUAUGUUAUUGGGAUGCUGAUGUGGUUCUUGGCUUUGAGGUACUUGGCGAAUGGGAACUUGGAUAUUAUUUUUAAAGGCUUAUUUACUGCGGGACUACUGUUGAUAUUGUUUGGGCAAUGUGGUUAUGAAAAUUACACCAAAGAUAAUAUAAAGUUUGUUUUAGAGCUGAAAAUUAACCAAGAAGAUGGAAAGGAUCAAUCUGUUUCAUCCUACAAACUAAACAAAGCAUUGAAGACACUUAGAUUACUAUUUUUCCAAAGGUAUUGGAUAAUUGUAAUAUUUUUUGGUAUUGCGAUUUUAAUGGAUUAUCUGAUUCAUGAUAUUAAAUUGGAACUGUUGAUCGUGUUUAUAAUGCUGGGAGUAACUGUGCUAUUCAAUUUGGGAAAGCAAUACUCGUAUAUCUGUUCUUGUAAGGAACCUAUGGGAAGCCCGCUCUCUGCGAUUUUCAAUGUAUUGUUGGUUGCAUUCAAGAAAAAGAAUGAUAACAGUGGGACACUAGAAUACACUGCAGGAGCUAAUCGUGAAAAUGGUGCCAAUGCUCAUCAGAAGCUUACAAAUCGAUAUAGGUGCCUGAAUAGAGCAGCAAAGUAUGAUCCAUCACUUGAGAAUAUUGAAUUGGAAUUUGAAAAAAGGAAACUUUGCACUGUCCAGCAAGUGGAGGACACAAAACUUUUCAUCGGAUGCAUUUGUUUGUCAUGGGUGUUCUUGAUGUAUGGUGUAAUGACUGCUACAGGGGAUACGUUCUUUAAUGAACAAAUAUAUGAUAUGAAACCAGAAAUUGGCAAAUUUAAAGUGCCAAUCCAGAUAUUUGUAUUCAUUUCAGAUGCUAUUCGAGAGCUUGUGAGCAGUAUUUGGCAAUGGAUAUUGGCUAAUAAAGAUGAAGCGACACAGAAAAGAUUUCACGGCACACUACGAGUGGGACUAGGAAUGAUGCUUUCGGUUCCUUGUUUUGUGAUAGCAUACAUAGUUGAGGCCAAAUCACUCAAGAAAAGAAAACAAACUGACGAAACAAUUAGUGUAUUGUGGCUGACUCACCAACUGAUUUUGAUAGGAAUCAUGGAUGGGCUAGUUGGUAAUGGCAUUGAUUGUUUUUUUAAACAAGAAAUGCCUGGCUCAAUCGCUGGACCAUAUGGUAGUAUGCUCGGUAAAAGUAUCGUGGGCACGGGGAAGCUACUCGGCAUAGGAUGGUUUUGCUUCUGGUACUACGUUACAGGUGGUAACAAGCACGGUUGGUUUGGACAAGAUAUAACACAAAGUCAUCAUCUUGAUUAUUACUAUGCGACUAUGGCUGCAUUUGGGUUUGUCAGUUUUGUUGUAUAUGUCUUGGUUGCAUUGGUGAACUCUCUUACUCACAAGCGACUGUUACAAGAACGCUCUUCUGAUGAUGUACAAAGCAUACACUUGCCCUCCCGAAAGCUAAGCAAAUUACAGGUUAGUGAAUCGUUGCGACUACGCACUUCUGCAAACCGAUCAAGUUCUGUGACUGAUUGACUAGUUAAUAGCUCGCUAUGUAUCACCCCUCGCGGCCUAGCAUAAAUGUACUAUAGCUUUCGUGUAAUGUCCCCUGUUUAAAAGAGUAUUAAGCAUAUAUUCCUAGGCGUUACUCGUCAUCUUUUGGUUGAGUUGGUUCGAUAACAA